CCUGUGGGCUCUUAGUUCCUCAGAGAGGAGCUCUGGGGGCAGACUUCCCCUGCGGCCCUGCAGCCCCGGGCGACAUGCUGCUGCUGCUGCUGCUGCUGCCCCUGCUGCGGGGCUGUGGGCGGGUGGAGGGCCAGGGGGGUUAUGACCUGCCGGGUUACACCCUGAAGGUGCCCAGGGAGGUGACAGUGCAGGAGGGCCUGUGUGUCCAUGUGCCCUGCCAAUUCUCCUACCCCUGGAGCCGCUGGACUAACAGGGACCCAGCUCAUGGCUACUGGUUCCGGGGACGGGACAAGAGCACUGAGGCUCCAGUGGCCACCAACGACCCUGCCAGGAAGGUGCGGGAGGAGACCCAAGGCCGGUUCCACCUCCUUUUGGACACAAUAACCCACAACUGCUCCCUGAGCAUCAGAGACGCCAGGAAGACGGACGCGGGUUCCUACUACUUUCGGGUGGAGAGAGGAGACUUGAGAUACAAUUACCUAUAUGACAUGGUCUCAGUGCGUGUGACAGCCCUGACCCCUGACAUCCUCGUCCCUGGGACCCUGGAGUCUGGCCGUCCCAGCAACCUGACCUGCUCUGUGCCCUGGGCCUGUGAGCAGGGGACGCCCACCACCUUCUCCUGGGAAGGGCCCUCUGUGUCCUCCCUGGGCCCCAACAUCAUCCACUCCUCGGUGCUCACCCUCACCCCACGGCCCCAGGACCAUGGCACCAACCUCACCUGCCAGGUGACCCUGCCUGGGGCCCGUGUGACCAGGACAAAGACCGUCCACCUGAACAUCUCAUACUCUCCACAGAACCUGACUGUAACUGUGUCCCCAGGAGCUGGCCCAGGUAGGGAGGGGCCUCGCUGGGGCUGGGGUGCAGGGCCUCUUCAGCUCAGGGCACGGCUGGGUCCCUCUCAGCCUGGACUCACCUGGUGACAGAACCUUGUGUUC